GACGCCUAUCAGCGGCGGGGAGGUUGAGCCGUAGAAGAGGCGCAGCUCCGGUCGUGUCAGCUCUGAUGUGUGUCCCUCGUUUGCGGGCUUUUGACUGACGCAAUCAUUUGCUCUGAUCCCGCAGCUCGCCUGUUGCCGCCUCCGACACCGAGGGCGCGAGGAGGCACGCAGCGGCUGUUUUUCCGCCGCGGAUCCUCCUCCUCCUCCUCGGUCCAGCUUCCAUCCGAGCCGAGGCGACCGACGGAGAACCGGACGAGCGCGCGGUCCGAUCCGAUCUGCUGGCUUCUCCUUCCUCCCCCCCCCUUUGGCUCACGUCGCUCUAUGUGGGAGCCCUGAGAGCGCAGCCAGGGGCCCCCCGGAUCCCCCACGCAGCCUCGGAUCACCGUGGCCACAGACAAACUCCCUGCCGGGCCCCCGACGCCGUCAUGCCGCGGAGGAAGCAGCAAGCGCCGCGGCGCGCCGCAGCUUACGUCCCCGAGGAUGAGAAAGAAGCCGCCCUGUUGGACGAAGACCACGACGGAGAAGACUCGGCCCAAGAAGGCGAGGAAGCAACCGUCAAGCUCCUGUGUCCGGACAAGAACUUCCUCCUCAAGGACAGACCCGGAUCCACCGGCAUCCACGACUCGCCCAAUGCUGCCGACUUCUCCGGUCAGGAGAUGGACAGCGAGUCCCACCUGAGUGAGUCCAGCGACAGAAUGUCCGACUUCGACAGCUCCUCCAUCAAAAACGAGGAAGACGUCGUCUCUAAAGACCCUUCCAACGGGCUGUCCCCGUCCUCUUCUGCCAUGAUGGCCGCAGCUCCUACCUCACUCAGCGGAGAUGAGGCCAUGCUCCCCGCAGCCGGGUCUGUGGCCGACAGCCUGGAGAAGAUGAAGGCCAUUUACACCUCCUUCCUGACCAAUUCCUAUUGGUCGACUCUGAACCUGAACAUGAGCCAGCCGCCGGCAGAGAAGCUGCCUCGCAGCCACAGCAGCAGCAGCAGUAGCAGCAGCAGCAGCAGCUGCGGCAGCGGCGGUUACGACUGGCAUCAGACCGCUAUGGCCAAAACUCUGCAGCAGGCCUCCCAGAACCACCACAACAGACUGAGCAUGGCUCAACACCCCGUGGUGGCCGUGUCCACGGCGUCCACGGAACCCAACCUCUUUAGUACUGUUCAGCUCUACCGGCAGAGCUCCAAGCUGUACGGCUCCAUAUUCACCGGCGCCAGCAAGUUCCGCUGCAAGGACUGCAGCGCCGCCUACGACACUCUGGUGGAGCUCACGGUACACAUGAACGAGACCGGGCACUACCGCGACGAUAACCACGAGACAGACAGCGAGGGCACCAAGCGCUGGUCCAAGCCCAGGAAGCGUUCCUUGCUGGAGAUGGAGGGCAAGGAGGAUGCACAAAAGGUUCUGAAGUGCAUGUACUGCGGACACUCCUUCGAGUCCCUCCAGGACCUGAGCGUCCACAUGAUCAAGACGAAACACUAUCAGAAAGUGCCUCUGAAGGAACCCGUGACGCCAGUGGCAGCUAAGAUCAUCUCCUCCGCCCGAAAAAGAGUCCCCAUCGACCUGGACAUCCCCAGCUCGCCAGACUCCACCGGAGGCACCACCCCCAAGCCCGCUUCCCUCAAUGACGCCAGCGACAUCCUCCAAAAGAUCAACAACCCCUACAUCACCCCCAACAACCGCUAUGGACACCAGAACGGCGCCAGCUACGCCUGGCAGUUCGAAUCCAGAAAGUCUCAGAUCCUGAAGUGCAUGGAGUGCGGCAGCUCCCACGACACGCUGCAGGAGCUCACGGCUCACAUGAUGGUGACGGGACACUUCAUCAAAGUCACCAACUCUGCUAUCAAGAAGGGGAAACCCGUCAUCGAGUCGUCACCCCAAGCUCCCAUGUCCAAUUCAACAACCGAGGAGAAGGUUCAGUCGGUCCCCCUGGCGGCCACAACCUUCUCCCCUCCACCUGCUCCAGUGCCUCCUCCUACCAGCAUGUCCCCCAGCGCCAUGGUGGUGGAGAUAAAGAAGGAAGAGAAGGAAGAGGGCUGCACUGAAGAGCCCGUCAUCACCAACACUCUCAAAGACAAGAGGGCAGGAGGGGAGGAGGACGGCGAGGAGAAGUUUGACAUUUCUUCCAAGUACACCUAUCUGACGGAGGAGGACCUGGACGACAGUCCAAAAGGGGGUCUGGAUAUUCUCAAGUCUUUGGAGAACACCGUGACCUCGGCCAUCAACAAGGCUCAGAACGGAGCUCCAAGCUGGGGUGGAUAUCCCAGCAUCCAUGCUGCCUACCAGCUCCCAAACAUAAUGAAGCUCUCACUCGGAAACUCCGGCAAGAGCUCCCCCCUCAAAUACAUGUUCCCUGGAGGGGAAAUCCUCUCCCCAACCGGUAAGAGUCAAACCCUGCUUUCACCGCCCAGUCGCCAGACCUCCCCACUGCCCAAAAAUAACUUCCAUGCCAUGGAGGAACUAGUGAAAAAAGUGACAGAGAAAGUGGUCAAGGUGGAAGAGAAAACCCGAGAACCCGCCGCCGCCUUGAAGGACUCUCCUCUGAGACAUGCCACGCCGUCGCCCUGCAACAGUGAGACGGAGAACGCAGCCCAAGGCGAGUCGCCGAAAGAAAACAGAGCAAACUGUGAAACCCCCGACAAGGGAAGUGGUGGGGGUCAAGGAGAAGAUGGAAGCGGUGGAACCGACCACAGAGAUUCAAACGGUAGCAUAACCAUGAAGGAAUCGGUAGAGAACGGAGUGGAGUCCCCCGCUGUGAUCUCCCCCCUACCUACCCCUCUGUGUGGCAGUACAACCAUCAUCACCGACCACCCGCCUCCAGAACAGCCCUUCGUCAACCCUCUGAGCGCACUGCAGUCAGUGAUGAACGUACACCUGGGGAAGGCCGCCAAGCCCGCCUUGCCGUCCCUCGACCCCAUGAGCAUGCUGUUCAAGAUGAGCAACAGCCUGGCAGAGAAGGCAGCCGUAGCUUCUUCCACCCCACCAGCGCACGCCAAAAAGACCAACAACGACCACUUAGACCACUACUUCUACCAGCAGCACCUAAGCAACGACCAACCCAUCGACCUCACCAAAGGAAAGGGGGCCGAUAAAAGCAGCAACGGAGGCUCUUUGGGCUCGACGGCUCUGUCCUCUACCACUUCCACGCCGUCCGUGUCCCCGUCCUCAGCUGUCGCGAUGACGAAAGCCUCUGCCGCCGUCGCCUCCUUCAUGUCCACCUCCCCUCUGAGAGAAAACGCCCUGUCCGACAUCUCGGACAUGCUGCGAAACCUGACGGAAAGUCAGGCCACAUCCAAGUCCUCCACGCCGACCAGCCAGUGCGAGCGCUCCGACAUCGAAGGGGCCACGCCGGAGGAGACCGAGGACGUCUCUCCUGCACAAAAACGGAAAGGUCGCCAGUCCAACUGGAACCCCCAACACCUCCUUAUACUGCAAGCACAGUUUGCUUCUAGUUUAAGACAAACCAACGACGGCAAGUACAUGAUGUCGGACCUGAGCCCCCAGGAACGAAUGCACAUCUCCCGCUUCACUGGCCUUUCCAUGACUACUAUCUCACACUGGUUGGCUAAUGUAAAGUACCAGCUGAGAAGAACCGGCGGCACCAAGUUCCUGAAGAACCUGGACUCUGGUCACCCGGUGUUCUUCUGCAGUGACUGCGCCUCACAGAUUCGCUCGCCGUCCACCUACGUCAGCCACCUGGAGUCCCAUCUCGGCUUUCGCCUGCGGGACCUGGCCAAGCUUUCGGGCGAGCAGCUGCUCACUCAGAUUUCCCAGCAUCAUCACCAACGCCACACGAAAGGACUGACCGAGAAACUUUUCGCUAACCUUCACCCGACCAGCCAUCCUCUACCGUCCUCUUUAGCCACGUCCCUGCCCUCCACUCUACCCAUGUCCAUGUCCUCGUCCCUGACCGCGUCCUUGGUCAAGUCGCCGUCGCCCUCUCCGGACGACGACGACGGCGGGGCCAUCUACCAGUGCAAGCUCUGCAACCGGACUUUUGCAAGCAAGCACGCGGUGAAGCUUCACCUGAGCAAGACUCAUGGGAAAUCCCCCGAAGACCACCUCAUGUACGUGUGUGAGCUGGAUAAGCCGUAGCAGCACUCUAGCUUCCAACAUUGAAAAAGAUUCGAGGAUUAUGAUGGAACCGCACAAGGACCCCAUGAGUGUGGCUUCAUGGUUUUACAUUCAGUAUUGUAGCAGUUUUAUUUUGAAAGUCAGGUGGUCUGACUCCGCCCCCCCAAAAGCUUUUGACUGACGUUUUCCUCAAAAGGAACAAAGCUUGUGAGUGGAUGAAGGUUUUCAAAGACAUUCUGAGUAUUUUCUGUGUUGAAAGGAUUGACGCUGUUUUCUAUUUUGGCAUCUCUAAGGUGUGAUAAGCUGCAUGCAUUAAUAAAAACAGUUUAGUUAAACAUUUUAUAACUAAAUCUGGUGCACUUUCCAUGGUUUACAUUUUUUCUUCUGAUUGUUCUAUAUUCCUUUUUUGUUUGUUUGGUUUUGAUAAAGUAUUUUUAUGCUGGAGUCGGCAUUGGAAGGUUUCACCCUCUGGGUACAUCCAGGCAUUUCUACAUCCCAACGUCCAGGUUUACCAUUGGGAGGCUUGUUUCCACACACACUUUAUAGAAUCUCCAUCCACAGCAAGAACUUCACAUUAGUUUGACAAAAUAAAAGCGUGGAAACAAAGCAGAAUAAAACAAGGAUUGGACUUUGGUUGAUCAGGGGCCUAUAUUAAUUCAGGUCUGUGUAAAAUAUGUAAAUAAAACAUUAAUUGCUGUCUAAAUUAUGCAUCAUUUUUAUAUUUUUAAUUUAAAAUGUCCUGACUAUAUGCUGGUUGAACAGUAUAUAAAAACAAAUAAACUUGUUUUGCACAAAAGUUUUAUAAAUGUGUUAUCAAAAGGAUGUGAAACAAAAGAACUCCAUGUAUUUCCAAGUUUUUUUUUUCCUUUCAAUCAGAAACUACUAUACAUGUGCCCCUGUAUGAACACUAAAAUAUUAAAAAGAUAUUAAAGUUGCACAAAAAGAUGCUACUUUAUGAAAUUAUUCACGUGUAAACUGUUAUUUAUGAGUUGUUUUUAAAGAUGCUGAAUGCUUUUUUUUUUUUUUUUUUUUUUUUGGAUCGAUCCUUUUUUCCUGUUUUUGUUUUUUUUGUUCUGUUUAAUUACUCUGCCAUGAUUCCACACUGCAGCUUUAUCUUUUUGGGAUAUGAAAGGUAACCAUGGUGACAGUCGCUUCAUGACUGACAAGUUCAGCCACGUUUCUGGCAGUUAAUUUGCUGAAGUAACUGACAUCUGCCAGUGUAAAGAAAUAGCAGAAAAAGAGAAGAAAAAAACAAAAAAAAGAAGUUACGUGUAAAAUAAUGGCAUGUAAACAGCACAGUGUGUUCUGUGCCGUUAGUUUUUUUUUUUUGGGUUCUUUGGUUUUCUGUUGUUGUUCUUGACAAUGAAUCCCCAUUAUAUGACUUGGUAUAACCUUUUUUUCUACUGCAGCAUUAAAGAGACGGAAACGGUUUGGUUUUUUCGCAGUAACCUAUA